UUAAGUUUCAAAGACUGAAUAUCAAAGCCCCAAAAAACGAUGUUCCUCACUUCCUCACAGCUGAACGCUCAUUUCUUUUUAGGAUUUCAAACCAUCCACAUCUUAUGCGUCGUUGUCCACUUGAAGUUUUCAAGAGAAUUUCUGCUUUUUGUUGAGCCGUGCCGACAAAAAGUGAAAAAUGACACACUGGGCUAUGAAGAUUUUUCUGCUUUAUGGUCUGGCUCAAGGCAUCUUUUGCCAGCAAAAUUGGGCGAGCAUGCCUUCGUCCGUGCAGAUCCUGACCGGCUCAUGCGUUUAUGUUCCGUGCACAUUCACUAUACAACUGGAUAUGGACAAAAAACUGGACGACACCUGCGCAGUCAUUUGGUAUCCCAAAGCCGGACCUAAAGUGUUCGACUCUAGGCGCACGAAGACGGAGAAUGCCAGGUUAAACUUACUGCAGGGAAAUGUUGUUGGGAACGUGCUGGAAAAAAACUGUAGCACCAUCAUGGAACCAAAGUCGUCAAAGGACGUCGGCCCGUAUCACUUUAGGCUGGAGUGUGCCAACGCACUUAAGUACAGUUAUAAGAAGACAUCUGUUAAAUGGGACUUUCAAGACUCAGCGCCCCAACCCACUAUCGAACCUACCACGGUGGAGGUUGUGGAGGGUACUGUGCUGGCCUUAAAGUGUCAAGCGCCGGUUCUUUGCCCAACGUUGCCCCCGCUGUUGACGUGGGCGCCAGAGUUAGGCACUGUCCAGGAGGAAAUGGAUGCAAACGUCUCAGCGGUCAUGACGUUUAACACCACUUAUCUACACGACAACGUUAAUGUGACUUGCAGCGCCGUCUACACGAGACAAAAGGGAUACACUGAGCUUUCCACGGAACAGGUGUUGACGCUUCGAGUUUUGCAUGCUCCUAAGAACACAUCAGUUUCAGCAUCGCCACCUGGCUCUUUGCCCGACGGCAGCGCCGUCACUUUGAAGUGCAGCGGCGUGGCCAACCCACCGAUCACUGACGUCAACUGGUACCGUGUGAACGAUAGCGGUGCGACUCUGGUGGGUUCGGGCCAAGAGCUCACCUUUAAUGUCACCAAGCUUUCAGAAGAAAGCUAUUAUUGUGAAAACAACAACAUCCACGGGGCGCAGUCGGCUGAGCCCUUCACCGUUGAUGUCACAUUCGCCCCCGAGAUCCUGACUUCUUCCGACUGCCAAGAUGUCCCAAGCGGGACUCAGUGUUCCUGUAUUAGCCAGGCCAACCCGCCGCCUCUGCUGCAGUGGGAAUGGUUGGGAGUGUUGGUCAAUAACUCCAACCAGAAACACAUCACGGAGCAGUCCCUCGACAAGCUCACUCGCAGAAGCGUCAUCAUCUUUAAGAGCCUGGACAGCAACAGUGGAACUUCUCUGGUUUGCGUCAGCUACAACCAGUUUGGAUAUGACCGUCUAACUUUGAACGUGCCCUUGACCAACUCAGAUAUGACGGCUCUGGUGUGUUCUGUCGUGGCAGUGGCGGCUCUGCUGAUAUUGAGUCUCGUGGUUUUGUACUUUUGGAGGAAACCUGAUUUCAACUUCCAAGCGAGGUGGAGACAAGCAAAUAGCAACGCAGGCGCUUCGGUCACCAAUAAACACAACGUUUCCCAAGUGGACAACUUCACUGCUGUCAACUUGACCAGACUGCGGUCCCUCAACACUGACGAGAUCAAACUGCAACACAUGGGUAGCGACAACUAACGCUAGCCCAAACCUUAACUGGAUCCAGAACCCAAACCAGAUCCAGAGGAGGAAAAGGUGGCAGACUCAAGUCACAGCUCGAAAACUCAGAAAAUAAUUUACUAGAAAUUCACACUCAUUUUAUAUUGAGUUUUGUGAGUGUUCAUAUAUGAGAAAAAUGCAAAUUCUUCAAAAAAUAUGUAAUUGGUAAAACACACUGCUGAUUUUGGGGUUUUGCCAGUUCACUUUUCACUUUGGGUCAUGUCCUCUAGUGACUCUUGUAGAUUAAGGCAUUUCUGGGUCACCUGGAUUUUUGGGGCAAUUCCACAUGAGGCUUUUCCAGGUCACUUCCUAAACCUAUUGAUUCUGGGAUAUUUUUGGGUCGCCGCUUCAUGUUGAUCACUGGUGACUUCCUGUUGAUUUGCCGCUCUACUGGGUCACUUAGGAUUAUUUCAGGUUACAUCCUAUUGUUUUUUCUUGUCAUAUGCUGUUGAUUUUGGUGAUUAAGUGGUCAUUUCCUGUUGAUUUGAAGCGGGUAUAUCUGUUGUACUAUUUCUGAGAUCAGAAUUUGAGAAAAAAGUAUAAGAUACAAAAGAAAAAUAUGUUUAAAAUAAUUUUCGGUGGUGCGUUGGGUGUAAAUGGUAGAGAUCAGUAUGAAGACAGGAGCCCGCCCCACUUCUAUGGAACCUUAAUUCAAAAUGUUCCAUUUUUUUUUUCAUUUUGAAAUAUUAAAACUGUUAAAUUUGUUGCUAUACUUUUUGGGCCUUGGUGUGUGUAACAUUUGUGCAGUCCUGGUAUGUAUUUUACCCUUUAGAGCAGUUUUGACAAGACAAAUAAAAGUGUUUCUCACUGUA